UUUAGACAUUGCGACGACUUAUGCUUUCUGAACUACCAACGUUUUUAGGUACUGAUAUAAGUAAUGAGAAAAAUAUUUAUCUCUUAGUCGAAUAAUUGAACAGAUGCAUGCAAAUCUAGCCCCGAGAUCGAGCGCACAAAGUUAAAUUCUUCCAGUGGUUUUUUGUACUAAUUGAUCAAUAAAAAGGCCUGAACAAUAAUAAGAUAUUUAAAAAGACAAUAAUAUCUUGUUUUGAGGAAGCUAAUGACGAAAGUACGGACGAAAAUAAUCACAUUUAUGAAACUGUAAACAUUUAGGUGCUUGCUGUAGGAACAAUUCAAAUUCGAACCACAGCGAGGGCGCUGCAGGCUUGUACGUAAAUGUAACCUAAUCGAGAAAUUGGGUGAAAUUUCUAAACACGAUAACAUCAAAAGUUUUCGUGAUCUCGAAUAGGAAGUUGGGAGAAAUAAUAUUACGUGGAAGAAAGAACGAAUGACAUGGAAAAGUCGCUGUGAUAUCUUGGUUUGUGCAUCGUUAAAUGCAUACGAUAAAAUACAAGAAGUGUUCAUGAUGCAGGGAAAGCCGAGAAUAUAAAGGCAGUCAAGUAUUGGAAUGACACUCGUGACAUAGACGACGAAUACGAUACUAAUCAAAACAGUUUAGUGAAAUUAAAAACAAUACGAAUAAAGCGUCUAGUGGAAGUAACAACAUAGUGAACUGUAAGGAUUCAGACGUAUCUUCUACUGAUAAUUCUAAUAAAAACUCUGGCCCAAACAAUAUGAUAGAUGCGGAAGGUCUGACUCAGGAAGAACUGUCAACGCUGAAAAGUGAUCUUGUGGGUGAAAGUGCUUACAGUGCCCGAUGGAUAUUAGGUGUCCUGAAAUCUUUGACUCACGUACCUGACAAUGGUUUUACAGAUGAGCUAGAAGAUAGAUACAUACUUUUACUUGAGAUUAGUAUUGAACCUGAUGUGAGAUGCUUUCUUAUAGAUCAAAACUUCAUCAAUCUAGCAGAAAUUUUUUUGGAAUAUGAUGAGUCACCUAAGAUUAUUGAAAUCACUAUAGGUAUUCUUGUCUGUUUAUGUUACGAUAAAAGAGCAUUUGUUCAAUUAGCCGAAAAAACAAAUACAGUGGAAAGAAUUUUCGGAUUCCUGAAAUGCUACGAUUCAUUGAUAUUAAUUCAGAUUUUCAAACUUGUGCAACUUAUAGUAUGGCAAAUCAAGAAUACUUCCAAUACGCUCUGGGCAUAUCACAUAAAAAAAUGUGAAUGUCUUGGAGAACGUAUAAUCUUCAUAUUAAAAUAUUCAUCUUGUGGUAACUUAUUAGUAGAAACGAUAUCUUUGCUUCACUAUAUGUCAUUUGAUUCUGGUCAUUGGUUGAUAGAAGUUUUCAAGCGCUCGUCGGAUGGUUUGGUUUAUGGACUAUUAGAAUGUUUUCUGGAAAUAAUAAAAACGCCGGAAGAUAGUUAUUCUUCUGACGAUGUGAAAUUUAUAGUAAAAUGGUUGGAAGUAUUUGAUACUAUAGAAAAUAUACCUUCCAUAAAUUUAACAUUUGCAGAAGAAUCAAAAUGGUUGGAUGUUAUGAUCAGAUUAUUGAGGCCAUACAAGAAGUGUACACAAUUUACAGAAGAGGAUACUGAUGUGUUUCAACGAACUGUAAAUAUCAUAAAAAUAUGGCAUUCUUCUAAUAUCAAGGUUCCGAAGAAAGUAAUGCAAUAUUUGGCAUAUGUAACCUGCAAUAUUGACAACGCUUUCAACAGAUGUUCAGAAUUUGAUGAGUCAGAUGAGUUAUUCUCUAUACUUUAUAAAGUUACAAACGAGUACUGGUUGAAGAUCAUUGAAAUUUUUGACAAAGAUGAAAUCAUAGAAAUAAUGCGUCCGCUUAAACCGUGGGCUCGUAAAUAUCUAACGAAACUUAACAGUUGUGACGAGAAGAUGGAAUAUUCAAAAUUUGUAAAAAUAAGGGAUAUUGUCAUUGGUUGUGCACUACCGCAGGGCAUGAGCUCUUAAUAUGUAUUAUUUAAUAUGUAUUAUAUUCGACAGAAAACUCUAGUUUUGUAUAAAUGUUUGUCUACUACUAAUUUUAGUUAUAUAAAUUGUAUAAAGAUUAGAUUCCUAAUAAGCAAUCUAUUAGCAGUCUGAUGACAGAUUAAGCGAAAUCUGUGGGCAGAUUCAUAGUCAUCUGUUUCUGCAAUCUGCUGUUCUGUCAAUAGAGCCUGCUGAUAGAAUCUGAUAGCAAAUUGACGGUAGAAAAUGAGUAGUGAGUAAUGAGUAAUGAUAGGAACUGCAGUAUGUUCCAUUUAAAUAUAUUGGAGUAAUACAACAAAUCCUGUUCGAUUUCUAACAUGAAAUAGUCAUCAGGUCCUGUUGUGUUUCCAGCAAACUGCUGAUAGAGUCUACAGUAGACAUUCUGCAAAACCUACUUUAAUAAGUUUAGCUAGCUGCGUUGUAAUCAAUUUUAAGUUGCGUAUAUAUUCUCUAUAAUUCAGCAAAGAAGCAGAGAAACGAACAGCCGCUUAGUGACCUGCAAUACUUGAAAACUUUGGUUGAUCAAUUGAGAGAUUUCCGGCAAAAACGACCGC